CUCUCUCUCUCUCUCUCUCUCUCAUCACUGAUCUAUACAUACACACAGUUUAUAGCUAUAGUUUAAUCAACACACUCUCUCUCUCUCUCUCUCUCUCUCUCUCUCUCUCUCUGCCACACAUCAAAGCAUCAGCAGCUGUUUCCUCCACCCAGCAGUGGCAGCGCUGCUCUUGCAGCUGCUGCCUACUGCAACUUUUGCAGGUUAAGAGCCACUACAUCUCCUACAACGGCUUUUGUGAUGAUGUGUGGGCUAAUUGAUCUUAACACUGUGAACGACGACGAUGCAGUGUCGCCGUUCGAAUCGCCGUCGUCGAGCUCUGGUUCUGGCUUGCCGGCUAAUUUUUGUUCGGUUUCAGCUAUGGCUACGGCUAAUUCUUCGUCGUCGUUUUCGUCGGUGUGUUUGGAGCUGUGGCACGCUUGUGCUGGAUCAGUGAUAUCGUUGCCGAAGAAAGGGAGUGCGGUGGUGUAUUUGCCACAGGGUCACUUGGAACACCUCUCUGAUUUUCCUGCCACUGUUCGUGAUCUUCCGCCUCAUGUCUUCUGCCGCGUUGUAGAUGUUAAGCUUCAUGCGGAGGCAGCUACUGAUGAAGUAUAUGCACAAGUAUCUCUGGUGCCAGACAAUCAGGUAUAAAUCACUGUGUAUGUGUGUUCUCUACCUCCUAUUUGACGUAUAUUGCUUAUAUUUCCUCUUCUUUUUUUUCCUUGGAAACUUAUAAUUCCUCUGUUUCCACAGGAAGAAUUGAUGAAUUUGGUUGCCUUUAAGCCUGUACUUGUGAUGUAUAUUUUGGCUUUUUGUAAUGCUGUAAUUAUUGGAGCGAAAUUGUGGUGGAAUUAAUUAAUAUUUAUAUGAACAGAUUGAGCAGAAAUGGAAGGAAGGAGUAAUGGAAGCAGCUGUAGAUGAAGAGGACGUUGAAGGUGCUGGAAAGGCUACGACACCACACAUGUUCUGCAAGACUCUCACUGCUUCUGAUACUAGCACUCAUGGGGGUUUCUCUGUCCCCCGCCGAGCCGCUGAGGACUGUUUUCCCCCACUGGAUUAUAAACAACUGAGACCUUCCCAAGAGCUUGUAGCAAAAGAUUUGCAUGGGAUUGAAUGGAGGUUCCGGCAUAUUUACCGGGGCCAACCUCGGAGGCAUUUGCUCACUACUGGUUGGAGUGCUUUUGUUAAUAAAAAGAAGCUGGUCUCCGGAGAUGCUGUGCUGUUCCUUAGGGGUGGCGAUGGAGAAUUGAGAUUGGGAAUCCGAAGGGCAGCACAUGUUAAGAGUAGUGCUACUGUUCCAGCUCUCUGUAGCCAGUGGUUGCACGGCAGCACCAUUACUUCUGUGGUGAAUGCUAUAUCCACGAGAAGCAUUUUCAGCAUUUGCUACAAUCCAAGGGCUAGCACAUCAGAGUUCAUAGUGCCUUUUUACAAAUUUUCGAAGAGCCUGCAACAUUCUUUUUCUGCCGGGAUGAGAUUCAAGAUGCAUUUUGAAGCUGAAGAUGCAGCAGAGAGAAGGCACACUGGACUUAUCACUGGUAUCAAUGAUAUGGAUCCUGUUGGAUGGCCUGGUUCAAAGUGGCGGUGCCUAUUGGUAAGGUGGGAUGACAUGGAGGUUACCCGACAUAAUAGAGUUUCUCCUUGGGAGAUUGAGCCAUCUGGUUCUGUUUCUGGUUCUAGCAGCUCGAUUUUACCUGGUACAAAGAGGACGAGGAUUAGUUUGCCUACGUCAAAACCUGAUUAUCCAGUUCCCAGAGAUGGGAAAGGAGUGUCAGACUUUGAAGAAUCUGUAAGAUUGCAUAAGGUCUUGCAAGGUCAAGAAAUUUUGGGUUUUAGUUCUCGUGAUGGUGAUGGUGCUGCUGCUGCUCAGAAUAAUCAUCCAUCAGUCAUGAGGUGCUUUCCUGGAUUCAACAGCCCCAGGGUGUCUGCAAUGGGAAAUGGUGUCAGAAACCUGCUUGGUAAUUCUGAUACUUCCUAUGAAAGCAUUGUCUUUGGUGAAUCUAUUCGAUUCAACAAGGUCUUGCAAGGUCAAGAAACAUUUACUAACCUGCCUUGUGGAAGACGCUCUGCUGGUAACCAGAUGCUGGAUAACAGUGGCCCUGGGAUCAAUGCUUCUGUUCGAGCACCAAGUUCCGGAAGUGGAUGGUCAGCUCUCGUGCAGGGUUACCGUGCUCAAGUGUGCCCAUCAGCCCCAUUAGUUCAAGCUUCGUCGCCUUCUUCUGUGCUUAAGUUUCAGCAAGCAAGCACUCCAGCUCCUAACUUCCAUGCGUUGUAUAAUGUUAAUGAUCUGGAGAAGCAUGAGAGUAGCAACAUGACUUCAUUGGGUGUUUCUGAAAGAUAUGGGCAGAGGAUCACCUCAUUCUCUCCUUGUGAGCGUAGCUCUAGGAGGGGAGAUUUGCAAAGCAUCACUUCAUUUGAUCGUCUGAAGGAGGAGAAUCACUCGAGUUUUCCCCAUCUUCCUCUACAGAGUCAAUCAUCAUUUGGGGGCAAUGAGAAGAUUACUUCCACGUGUAAAAGUAGCUGCAGACUCUUUGGUUUUUCACUGACUGAGGGAAGUUGUUCUACUCAACUCACUUCUCAAUGUGAUCCUCAACCUCGAGCCCCUUCUCUGUCUCGAGGUGAGGAGAACAUGCACCCAAAGCCCCCAUUGGUGGCCAAGGUAGUGGGAGGCAGUUGCACCAAAGUGAGCAACCUUUAUGCUGUUAGAGAUAUGCUUCUUGAUAUAGCAUUGUAGUGUCUUUCUGUUGUGAGACCCAAUUUGCAGACUUCCACAAAGCAAAAGGGCUUUUGAUGGUGU